AUGGCUGCAAUUGCUCCAGUUGCAAUAGGCACACGAGGCACUGUAGGAUCACUUGUUAGAAAGGAAAUUGAAUAUUUCAGAAACCUCGAGAUAGAUCGAUAUGGAAGCUCCCGAAAGCCUCAAGGGCAGAUUGUGAACGUGGCUUCCACCAGUGGCCAUUCCAGGCCAAGUUUCUGGUUCUUGAUUAUGACAUGGAGAAGGAAGAAGCGGAGAGGCACUAAUGCAAUCCUGCCAAGGAUGUGCUCGGUUGUUGAAGUUGCAGAAAGCAAUCGGCUGAACAGAAUCCCCGGUUACAAUUACAAAAUCCUCAAGAAUGACUUGCAUGUCUAG